AGUCUCAGAGUCUUUCUGGCUCCAACACAUGUACAACUUUAAUUAAGAUGUUUUUAGAUUAUUAAUUAGAUGUUUAAUCUGGGAUUAAACGUGUUUGGGAAGCUUGGCUGUGCGCGGUUCCUCCUUUACGCACAGAAGCAUCCUUGUUGGAGCUGGGUUUUUUUUCAUUCUGCCAAAGCAUUAAUGUUGAUGAUUAGAGGGGAGGGGGUGACACAGGACAGGAGGGUGGAGUGGAGACAGACGGAGCUCUGAGGAUGGCACCAUGUUCUUCACUCCUCAGCUGCGUUUGGUCACAGAUGUUUUGGUGUUUGUUGUCUGAGCCAAACAGUGGCGUCCUGGAGUGACCUGACAGAAUGGCUGAAGACAAUGAAAGCGCGUUAUUGAACCGGUCACAGGCGGAGGUUGACAGGUUCAGCAACCUGGAGGACAUCGAUGUGACGGCAGACGGCAACCCGGUGCUGAGGUUCCUCAUCUGCGUCGUCUACUCUGUCGUGUGCGCCGCGGGUCUGAUCGGGAACCUGCUGGUCCUCUUCUUCAUCAGAGUGAAAAAGGAGAGGAAAAGGUCCACGGUGAACUUCUUCGUGUUCAACUUGGCGGUGACGGACCUGCAGUUUGUCCUCACGCUGCCCUUCUGGGCUGUGGACACGGCGCUGGACUUCAGCUGGCCGUUUGGGAACGCCAUGUGCAAAAUCAUCCUCUCCAUCACGGUGAUGAACAUGUACGCGAGCGUGUUUUUCCUCACAGCCAUGAGCGUGACCCGCUACUGCUCAGUCGCCUCUGCGCUGAAGAACAGACGCCCGCAGAAAUCGUGUUCCGCCAAAUGGAUAUGCGCAAUUAUUUGGACACUGGCGACUCUGGCGACUGCGCCCACGUCCAUUUUCUCCACAGUCAGCAACGUGACCGGGGAGAAGCUGUGUUUGCUGAGGUUCCCGGGUGGACAGUACUCGCUGGCGGUUUAUCACAUACAGAAGAUCCUCGUGGGCUUCGUGUUGCCAAUGUGCGUCGUGUCCAUCAGCUACAUCAUGCUGCUGCGCUUCGUCCGCAAGCGCAGCAUGAAAACCAGCAACCCCAAGCGCAGAUCGCAGGUCACCAAGUCCAUCACCAUCGUCGUGUUGUCCUUCUUCUUGUGCUGGAUGCCAAACCAAGCCAUCACUCUGUGGAGCGUCCUGGUCAAGAUGAACGUUGCCAACUGGGACAGCGCGUAUUACAUCGUCCACACCUACGUGUUCCCGCUCACCGUGUGUUUGGCGCACACCAACAGCUGCCUCAACCCGAUCAUUUACUGCCUCAUGAGGAAGGAGUUCAGGAACAAACUGAAGGAUCUGGUUCGCAGAGGAUAGAUGGUGUUAGGAAAGUGUGCAGGGCAACAGUGAGCAGUGCGCACCGGGUGCGCAUUUGGCACUUCCAUCAGUCCUUGUCUUUAAACGCGUGCGUAAAUGUAACCUGAGCCGUCUCUACUGAGAAACACGUGUCAUUGCUGAUGUCGUUACUGUUUGUAUGUAAAAAUAUUACGCGUUAAAAAUGAAAAGUGUUAUGUUUCUCUAUUGUCCUGCAGUUUCAAGGACUGCGUGCGUAACUGCACAUGGCACGUAGUUCAUUAGUGUGAAGACUUUCUGAGAGAUUUCUUAACACAAAUAUGAACAUUUUAAUCACAUAGUCAGCGUUAGACGCUCAAUGGCCACUUUAUUAGGUACACAGGACUCCUUACAAAGUAGCACAAUUGGAAUCUGGUGUGAUCUUCUGCUGCUGUGACUCAUCUCAGUGGCGCGCACAGACAUUUUAGGAUAGCGGGGGCUCAAGAAUAAAAAGAUACCUCCUCAAUUAUUAAUUAA